CACACGGACUCUGGCGAGGGAACACGUGUGCAUGCAACAUGCACACAUUCUGGCUCCGCCUACGAGAUCCGCCGGGUGGUACCUCCACGUUCGACAGUCACAGACCGUCUACCACCUACGGACAGCGCACGGCGACUGAUCAGGAGACCGAAGAGUCUACUACUGCGGCCACCGCUGCUGCCUGCAGUGAGUUUAAUUCAUGAUGAGGACAACAAU